AUGCCGGAGCACUCCAGCCCCAGUGUAACUGCACGACAUGCGGAGCUGACAAUGCCGCCCGCGGCGACGCGUCAUCCCCAGCACGAUCACCUUCUGAUACUCUGGGUAUUUAACAGACGCGGUUCUCGCUGUUCCCUAUUCAGGAAGCCACUUGCGACUCCACAGCCAAAGCCGAGCAGCAAACGUUUGUGCUCUCACAGGCGGCGAUCACAGCGCGUCAGGAAACCCGCUGCUCGCUUGCACGGCUACCACCUGCAUCUCUCAUGGUGUCCAGACGGAGCAGCCGCUAUUCUAUUUCCCAAUUUCUCCCUCAAGCGGCAGACGCACACAGGUGCCCUUCACCCCGCAGCCCGUCCCCAGAGGGCCCGCACGCCGCCACAGCCCAGCCCGCCCCGUCUCGACCCCAUUGCCAAGGCUCAGCCCGGCGUUCCGUUCUCAAAGCCGUCCCAAAGCGGACGACCCCGAGGCGGGGGGAGAGGUCUCCCCCCGGGUCGGGGAGGAAGUGACAUGGCGGCGGGGAGGGAAGGCGAGGGGGCCGGGGAGCCGCCCGGCGGGUGGAGCCAGGCAGCCCCGCCCGAGCCCGCCGCCUCCCGGCGCGUGCAAACUAGUGGCAGUUGGCGAGCCGCGGCUCGGCUCGGCGCGGUGCCGCCCGCUCCCGGCGCCUCAGCGCGCGCCCAUGCCCAGGCUCGGCGGCGCCAGGUACGUGCUCUUCCCCUGGCGGCCGGAGGGCUCCUCAGGUGCGGGGCUGCGCCUCUCGAGCCGGCCGGCGCCCGGUUUGGAAACAAACAACAAAGAGCCGUCUUCCCCAACCCAUCAGCGCCGGCGGCCGGGCGGGGUGUGGAGGUGUGUGCGCGGGGCGCGGCGCGGCGGGAAGCGGGCUGCGGGCUGCGGCCACGAGUUCCUCGGUUUAUCCCCCACCCGCCGCCGCCGGCCGCGCCGUGUCUGCCGCCGAGAAUCUUCCGGCGCCUCGCGCCGCCCCGGGGUUUCCGUGGAAACGGGAGGAGAGCGGCGGCCUCACGCCGGCCGUGUGGGGGGGUGGGGGCGUCCCCUCUCCUCCAUCCGACCCGUCGUCCCCUGUCAGUGCGGGGGGUUUGUUGGGGAAACGGGCGGGGGUACUGGCGGUGGUGGUGGGCGCACAGCCCGGCUCGGCCGCAGGCACAGGUAGCGGGGCUGGUUGGUGUGAGCUGA